UCUGAGCAUGGCUUCUAAAGAUGCAAGCGAAGACGAAUUUGAGGAUACAUAUGUUUAUGUUGAGGUAUCAGGAUUGAGUGACACCAGUUUUCUCCAUAGUGCGAAUGGUGAAUGUAAAGUUUUGGGUUUAGAUUCAGAGAAACCAGUAUUUGAAUUUGGAGGGCAAAUCUUCACUGGAAAUUACAAAGAUGUUUUAGGGACGGCAGUUGUAUUUGAAGAAGAUGAGGAGAAGAUUAGGUCAGGAGAAGGUGUUGAGAUCAUCCAGUCAGAGCUGGACCCAGAACACAGCGUCCAAGUUCAGCCUCUACGGUUCAAAUGCAUUACAAACAAAAAGCUGCAUUUAUUCAAGGGAUUUCUCUCGGAGAAAGGGGACGGGAAAGACAUAACAGGAUGUGCAGAAGUUGACCUGGAGGAUGAAGAGGAGGCUGACGAUGAUACAACUAUGGAAGCAGAUGCUGACAAUGCCGAUGAUGCUGAUGAAAAAAAUGAGCCUGAUGUUGAAUCUGCAGUGGAGAAUAUGUCGGUCGAUCAAACGUGAUACAGAAGAGAAGACCAUAAAUUAUGGUUGACAGAGCUAAGAAUGAACCUCAUGGCUGUCGUAGAGAAGACAACAUCGAUUAUGGCUGUCAUAGAAGAUUUCAACAUUAUGGCUGUUCAUUGAAGUAGACCAUGAAUGUGAUGGCUUUCAUGCUGUAAAGCAGGCCAUGAGUGUCAUAUGUCUCUUGGCAUCUUGGCACUGUAAAAUAUAAGAGCUGUUUGGUUGGUCUCCUGGUGAAUGUCCCAGUUUCCAGUAAAUAGUAAUGAAAUUGAUGGGAUGCAAGUA